AUGGCAGACAAGGAAGCUACCGUGUACAUUGUCGACCUCGGCAGCACGAUGGGCGAGACCCGUGGUGGCCGUAGCGAGUCGAAUCUGUACUGGGCCAUGCGUUACGUCUGGGACAAGGUCUGCACCACGGUGGCUGCGUCCCGCAAAACGUGGAAGGUUGGCGUCCUUGGUCUGCGCACCGACGAGACCCGCAACUCGCUACAGGACGACGACGGCUACGACAACAUUGCUGUACUGCAGGAGGUCGAUGCUAUGAGCUUGUCCAACUUGCGCACGUUGGGCCCCAAGAUCAAGGCCAGCAGAACGAGAGACGGUGACGCCGUCUCGGCCAUUAUUGUGGCCGUAGAGAUGAUUAGUGCAGCGGCACCUGCGCGGCUCAAGUUCAACCGCAAGAUUGUGCUUGUGACGGACGGCCGCGGAGGCAUUGACGGCGACGAUUUUGACGACCUCGCCCACCGCAUCAACGAGCUGGGUAUCCAGCUUGUCAUCAUCGGUGUCGACUUCGAUGACGCAGAGUAUGGCUUCAAGGAGGAAAACAAGUCGAAAACAAAGGCGGCAAACGAGAUAUUGUUACGCACACUGGCGGAAAAGUGCAACAAUGGCGUCUUUGGCACCCUGGCCGAGGCAAUUGACGAGAUUCAGAAGCCCAGUGUCAAGGCCACCCGGCCGUACAAGACAUACGACGGGCCGUUGACACUGGGCGACCCGAAGACGUUCGACAGCGCCCUGAGCGUGAACAUUGAGCGGUACUUUUUGACAAAGGUUGCACACCCGCCCUCGGCGACCACCGUUGUUGUACGGGAUGAGUCAGCAGAAGGCGGGACACAGUCGACACGCACGCUGGACGAAAUGGAGGGCGUCGAAAUGGGCAAUGUCGACUUUGCAGCUGUCCGAAACGAGCGCGUCUACACUGUGGACGACCAGACGAGGCUUGGCGGCAAGCGCGAGGUCAAGUUUGAGGACCUGGAAAAGGGGUAUGAAUACGGCAGGACGGCUGUGCACAUAGGCGAGCUGGACCGCAACAUUACGCAGCUCGAGACGGAAAAGGACUUUUCCAUCGUUGGGUUCAUCACACGCAUCAAUGCCGAGCCAUACUUGAACAUGGGCGAGAGCUGCAUCAUUCUGCCGCGCCGAUUCAGCGAGGCUGACGAGCUUGCCUAUUCGGCGCUCGUCCACGCCAUGGUCGACACGGAAACAUGUGCGGUUGCGCGGUUUGUCGCCAAGGACAUGAAAGAACCUCAGAUGCUGCUCCUCCUCCCCACUGCCACCAAGGACCAUGUCUGCCUCUACGAUGUCCCGCUGCCCUUUGCGGAAGACGUGCGCUCGUACCCGUUCCCACCCUUGGAUCGGGUCAUCACAGCGACCGGUGCCGUUCUGAAAAAGCAUCGACUCCUGCCCACGGAUGACCUCAACCAGGCAAUGAGCGAUUACGUGGAUGCCAUGGACAUCUCCAUGUUUGGUACCGACGAGGACGGGCAACCUGCCGAGUAUGCUGACCUGGACGACAACUACUCGCCCAUCAUCUACCGCGUUAGCAAGGCUGUCAGCUUCCGCGCAGUCCACCCCAACGAGCCCUACAUUCAACAGGACAACGAGUUCGUCACGCGUUUUGACCACCCGCCAAAAGAGCUUGUCAGCAACGCCCGGCCCCAAAUCGAGGCUCUGAUUCGUGCCGCGGAUGUCAAGAAGGUGCCGGCCAAAGCCAAGGGCCGCGCAGGACGGGACGCCAGAAACAACAAGCCAAUCUCCGGUUUGGACAUUGACGCGCUGUUGGGCGGCGGCGGCGGCGGCAGCGGCGGUCCUACCAUCAAGAAGGAGGGCGAUGAGCUGCGAAAGAUUUCGCCCGACAACGCCAUCCCCGAAUACAAGCAGGCCCUGGCGAGCACAGUCAGCGUCAAGCAGAUUGAGGGGUUCACCGAACAGAUGGGCCAGAUUGUGGAGGCGCUCAUUGCCAGCAGCACCGGCGAGAUCCACUACGCCCGUGCUGCCGAGAACAUGCGGGUCAUGCGGGACGAGCUGCUCAGUUUUGAGGAACCAGCCAUCUACAACACGUUCUUGACCAACCUCAAAGACAAGCUGGUCGCAGAGAAGCUGGGCGGGCCGCGGCUCGACAUGUGGUGGAUGAUCCGGACAUCGGGGCUGGGCCUGAUCACAGUGAAAGAGUCGGAGGUCUCGACAGUAACGGACGAGGAAGCACAAGAGUUUAUUCGGCGCCUAGCACCAAAGAAGGAGUGA